UCACGGAAGGGUUUACGUAGUUUUUUGUACUUGAAAUGUAAAGUCGCUGCUGCUCGGCAAAGCUCACAGGGCCCCCGACGGACGUCGCUGCAGUCAGCUGUGCGUCUCACCAUGUCGUGAUAAACAAGUUAUGAACGGCAAACGGCCUGAUCAUACAAUGGAGGGAAUAUUGUACAAGUGGACCAAUUAUAUAAGUGGUUGGCAGCCUCGCUGGUUUGUGCUGGAUGGAGGAACUCUAUCUUAUUAUGACUCACAGGAAGAUGCCUGGAAAGGUUGCAAAGGCAGCAUUAAAGUUUCAGUUUGUGAAAUUCAAGUUCAUUCCUCAGACUCUACACGUGUGGAUCUGACCAUACCAGGAGAGCAGUACUUUUAUCUCAGGGCCAUCAAUGCAGCAGAAAGGCAGAAAUGGCUGGUGGCACUGGGAACGGCCAAAGCCUGCCUUACUGACAACCGAACAAAGAGAGAAAAAGAGCUUCAGGAGAACACAGAGGCGCUGAGAACUAAGAUGUCAGAGCUCCGGUUGUACUGUGACCUUCUCCUUCAACAAGUAAACAGGAUCAAGGACAAUGAUGAGCCGGGGGACACAGAGGAGGAGGCUGUUGUAGACAAUGGAGACAUGGUGAAGUCAACGUGCACCACCUUCCUCAAAACCCUGGAGGAAUGUAUGCAGAUAGCGAACCGUACAUUCAACGCUGAUUUGGUGACACAGACUCCACCGGGAUCUCCUCCAGUUGCAUCCAUCAAACCCCUGAAGAUUAAACCUGUCAACCAUCCAAAUCAUAACCUUACAGAAAGGUGGAGAGGUUCGUCUGAAACCUUAGGGGAAGCACGAGACAACCAGAGCCUCGACUCUGGAGCAGAAGGACCUGAUGAACCAGGUCAACCUGAACAACAUCAUCUCUGCCCUUCAGACACGGAACGGAGCGACGGCUCUGUCUGUGAGCAGCAGGUCCACUCACUUCAACACACCAAACUAAAUGCAUCUGACAAUGAACACUACCACCAGCCAGCAGAGGGCGACGAGGGAAACAAAGCUGAUCAUCAGGAGCUUCAACAAGAGCAGAAAAGCAACAAGGAGGACCAAAACUCAGAAUAUGAAAAAAACAACAACAAGACAGUGAGUUGUUCUGUCAGAGACCAGGAUGAAGAGGAGGAGGAGGAGGAGGAGUUCAGGGAUUCAGCAGAACCCGAAGAUACAGAGCAGGUGGAGACUUUCUUCAGCACAAUGAGUCACAGAUUUAGUGAUAUAAGACUGGACGACGACAAUGGUAUCCCCACACAAGAGUUUUUGGACUCAUGCUAUGCAAUAGUGCCAGUAUUAGACAAACUGGGCUCCACCGUCUUUGCGCCCGUAAAAAUGGAUUUUGUUGGAAAUAUUAAGAAAAUCCAACAGAAGCUGAGGUCAGACCCCGACAGCUUCACCACACUACAGUCUAUUGUGGUGCAUGAAGUGGAGGCAGGUGUGGCUCAGGUGCGAAACUCGGCCACCGAGGCUCUGCUGUGGCUCAGACGAGGCCUGAAGUUUCUCAAAGAGUUUCUGUCACAAGUCAAUGCAGGAGAACAGGACAUUCACGGGGCACUGAAUAAGGCCUAUGGGAAGACGCUACGACAGUACCAUGGAUGGGUGGUACGAGGCGUUUUUGCUCUGGCUCUCAGAGCCGCCCCAUCUUAUCAAAGCUUCACCGCUGCCUUAGUGACCACAGAGGGCGACGAGCUGAAGAGCAGCUUCACCAGUGGUAUGCACAGAGACCUGGGCGUUUACCUCCCUGCUAUGGAGAAACAUCUGGUUUUGCUGGACACUUUGUAUGAGGAGUACAGCCUGGAGUCUGACGAGGUGGUUUGAGAGUCACAUAAAAAUUAAAAAGUCAUAAUUUCAGAGAGAGAUGGAACUUGAUGACAAGGACAGAGUCGCUGAAGGACGGGGCUAGACGGUGUCCAACCCCAGUUUGAGCUUGUCCUGAGUCAGUGUGAAGUGCUCCCAGUGUUUCCUGAACUGGUUGUCAGUUUGGGGCCAGGUGAAGGUGUUAAUGUUUGUACAAGCCCAUGGACAAAUAUGAUUAAAACAUUAACAAUCAAGGUAAAAAAUAGAUUUCCAAUCUAUCUCAUAAAGACUACCGAUGGUGAAGGGCAACUGAAUUCAUGAUGUCAUGUGUCUCAUCUGCCCAGACUGUGGCUAUAGUGUAUUGUGGUUUUUUUAUGUAUCGUACUUGUUCAAGUUACAUGAACAAUGUGAUUCUAAAAAAUGUUGGGUUGUUCCAGUGGCCAUUAUGUAACUUGAGCAUUCUGAGCUAACCUUUAAUAUUUUAGAUAAUGUUUCACGUCCUGCACUGACAUUUAUCCUUGUCCCCUGUAAUAUUUAAUGUAAAUCCUGAGAUUUUCACGUUGUAUUUAUUUGUUAAAACGUCGCUAGUUAGCUGACGCUGGAGAGACUAUUUCAAUGGGACCAAAAAAUGUCAAAUGCACAUGAAUGGCUUCUGUGGCUGCUGCAACAACAGACCAGUAUGAACCAGUACAAUGCCUCUGAUACUGCUGAAAACUCACGGGAACAUCCUCAGCACAAACCUAUGCAUUUUUACUACAGUCAUUAAGUUCAUGUUCACACCAUUCUUGAUUGUUUCAACAUGGAUUUGGCAUGAAUUCUGUCCCCAUGCAGCAUGUUGACAACUGCAUGUUUUUGUUUAGUGAAACCAUAUGCCAUCCGUUACCAACAGCAGCUGUAUACAGACUUAGAAGUGUAUUAACAAUCACUGACUUUGCAUCAUUGUUAAAAGAAACAUACAAAAUAAUUGAUUUUUACGAUAUAAAUCAUUCCAAUGAUGUGCUAUUUAUUCUACAUCAUAUAAAAUCAUACAAAGUGUCACUACCAGCUCUAUGCAAUCAUGUGACCUCAGCUAAAAAAAUGUAAGUGGCAUCUUCAAAUAUAGACAUGGAUUCACCGAGCUAGCAGUAAAAAUAAAUGCAAUUGACUCUUAAAACAAACAGCACUACCUAGUUUUCUCUGUCUAUUAGAUUUCUGUUGUAUUGUCAUAAAUUCAUUCAUGAAUUCUUUAGUGACAACAGCAGGUUUACAUCACAGAUGUGCAAUAAGCCAUUUACUCAUUGUGGAGCUUGCAAAAAUGUUGUUGUGAAGUCAAACAUUUUUUUAAUGAAUAAAUAUGAUGCUGUUUAUAAGAUAUAA